AUGCGAGCGCGGCGACUCUGGGCCGCGGUGCUGAUGGUGGGGGCGCUGGCGGGCGUCGGCGUCGGAGGGCCCAACAUCUGUGCCACACGAGGUGUGAGCUCCUGCCAGCAAUGUCUGGCUGUGAAUCCCCUGUGUGCCUGGUGUUCAGAUGAGGCGCUGCCUCCAGGUUCGCCCCGCUGUAACCUGAAGGAGAACCUGCUGGAGGAUAACUGCGCCCCGGAGUCCAUCGAGUUCCCGAUCAGCGAGGCCAGAAUCCUGGAGGCCAGGCCCCUCAGUGACAAGGGCACUGGAGACAGCUCCCAGAUUACCCAAGUCAGUCCCCAGAGGAUUGCCCUCCGCCUCCGGCCAGAUGAUUCGAAGAUUUUCUCCAUCCAAGUUCGGCAGGUGGAAGAUUACCCUGUGGACAUCUACUACUUAAUGGACUUAUCUUACUCCAUGAAGGAUGACCUGCGGAACAUCCAGAACCUGGGUACCAAGCUGGCCUCCCAGAUGCGUAAGCUCACCAGUAACCUGCGGAUUGGCUUCGGGGCCUUUGUGGACAAGCCCGUGUCACCAUACAUGUAUAUUUCUCCACCAGAGGCCAUCAGAAACCCUUGCUAUGAUAUGAAGGCUACCUGUUUGCCCAUGUUCGGCUACAAACACGUGCUGACACUAACUGACCAGGUGACCCGCUUCAAUGAGGAGGUGAAGAAGCAGAGUGUGUCGCGGAACCGAGAUGCACCAGAGGGUGGUUUUGAUGCCAUCAUGCAGGCUACCGUCUGUGAUGAGAAGAUUGGCUGGAGGAAUGAUGCCUCCCACUUGCUGGUGUUUACCACUGAUGCCAAGACCCAUAUAGCACUGGAUGGAAGGCUGGCAGGCAUCGUCCAGCCCAAUGAUGGGCAGUGUCAUGUGGGCAGUGACAACCAUUAUUCUGCCUCCACCACCAUGGAUUAUCCCUCCUUGGGGCUGAUGACUGAGAAGCUAUCCCAGAAAAACAUCAAUUUGAUUUUUGCAGUGACUGAAAGUGUAGUCAAUCUCUACCAGAACUAUAGUGAGCUCAUCCCAGGGACCACAGUGGGAGUUCUGUCUACUGAUUCCAGCAAUGUUCUCCAGCUCAUUGUGGAUGCUUAUGGGAAAAUCCGCUCUAAAGUAGAGCUGGAAGUGCGCGACCUCCCCGAGGAGCUGUCCUUAUCCUUCAACGCCACAUGUCUCAACAACGAAGUCAUCCCAGGCCUGAAGUCUUGUGUCGGACUCAAGAUUGGAGACACGGUGAGCUUCAGCAUUGAGGCCAAAGUGCGUGGCUGCCCCCAGAAGAAGGAGAAGUCCUUCACCAUCAAGCCUGUGGGCUUCAAAGACAGCCUCACCGUGCAGGUCACUUUCGACUGUGACUGUGCCUGCCAGGCCGAGGCUGAGCCUCAUAGCCCGCGCUGCAACAAUGGCAAUGGGACCUUUGAGUGUGGGGUGUGCCGCUGUGGGCCUGGCUGGUUGGGGUCCCAGUGCGAGUGCUCGGAAGAGGACUACCGCCCCUCGCAGCAGGACGAGUGCAGCCCCCGGGAGGGCCAGCCCAUCUGCAGCCAGCGGGGCGAGUGUCUCUGUGGCCAGUGCGUCUGCCACAGCAGUGACUUUGGCAAGAUCACGGGCAAGUACUGCGAGUGUGAUGACUUCUCCUGUGUCCGCUACAAGGGGGAGAUGUGCUCAGGCCAUGGCCAGUGCAGCUGUGGGGACUGCCUAUGUGACUCCGACUGGACCGGCUACUACUGCAACUGUACCACGCGCACGGACACCUGCAUGUCCAGCAACGGGUUACUGUGCAGCGGGCGGGGCAAGUGCGAGUGCGGCAGCUGUGUCUGCAUCCAGCCUGGCUCCUACGGGGACACCUGUGAGAAGUGUCCCACCUGCCCUGAUGCCUGCACCUUUAAGAAGGAGUGUGUGGAAUGUAAGAAGUUUAACCGGGGAACCCUCAACGAGAAAAAUACCUGCAACCGUUAUUGUCGUGAUGAGAUUGAGCCUGUGAAGGAACUUAAGGACACUGGCAAGGAUGCUGUGAAUUGUACCUACAAGAAUGAGGAUGACUGUGUCGUCAGAUUCCAGUACUACGAAGACUCCAGCGGAAAGUCCAUUUUGUAUGUGGUAGAAGAGCCAGAGUGUCCCAAGGGCCCUGACAUCCUGGUGGUCUUGCUCUCCGUGAUGGGGGCCAUUCUGCUUAUCGGCCUUGCGACUCUGCUCAUCUGGAAGCUUCUCAUCACCAUCCAUGACCGGAAGGAGUUUGCUAAAUUUGAAGAAGAGAGAGCCAGAGCCAAAUGGGACACUGCCAACAACCCACUGUAUAAAGAAGCCACAUCCACCUUCACCAACAUCACCUACCGGGGCACUUAA